AUGAAUAUAUUUAAGAGGCAAUUUUCUACGCGAUCAUGUCUCCUUAGACAUUACAAUGAAAAUAUCCUAGCCAAAUACUAUCCUGCACCCCUUCUAAAAUCUAUUAAAUUGGCUCAAGAAGUGAUACCCGCUGAUACCAACUUUAAGAUUCAGGAUAAUGUAGAGAUUACUCCAGCGUAUUACGACGAUUUCGCUAAACUGGAUCCAUUUUGGGAUUAUAAACCCGGUAUGCCCAAUUUACAUUCCACACUUAAUAGAAGUACCAUUUACAAUUGGGAUCAAGUACAACAACCGCUACCACCGGGAGGUGUGCCAAUCCCACCUGGUGAAUCCAUUAUUUUGAAAAAUUCUUCCAAAUUGAUGGAAUUGGCUAGAGGAUUGAAAUUUCAAAAUGGGAUCGAUUCAGAUUAUAUCAAUAAGAAACUAAUUAUGAAGCCAUUGGUUCUAAAACGUGUGUCAAAUCAGACAAGAAAGGGUAAGAUUCCAUCAUUCUAUGCGCUGGUCGUCGUAGGAGAUCAAAAGGGGAUGGUCGGACUUGGUGAGGGGAAAUCAAGAGGUGAUAUGGCAAAAGCUAUCUUUAAAGCCCAUUGGGAUGCCGUGAGAAAUUUAAAAUAUAUUCCAAGAUAUGAAGAUAGAACUAUUCUAGCAGAUAUUGACCAUAGAUAUCACGGUGUGAAAUUAUUUUUAAGAAGUGCAAGACCUGGUUUUGGUUUAAGAGUUAACCAUGUCAUUUUUGAAAUCAGUGAAUGUGCAGGUAUUAAAGAUUUAAGUGGAAAAAUAUAUAAAUCCAGAAAUAAGAUGAAUAUUGCUAAGGGAUUUGUGGAAGCACUUACCGAGAGACAAAAGACUUUGGAAGAAAUUGCCUUGGGAAGAGGUAAGAAGAUCGUUGAUGUGAGAAAUAUAUACUAUUCUGCAUGA